UCGUAUCUUCGUAUUGAAUUUAGUCGGAGUUCAUCAUCGAAGUUUGCGUGUGGAAAAUGGAGCGGUAGCUAAUGAAAUUAAUAUUAAAAACGCAAAGAAACGGCCUUUGUCCGCUAUUUCAGCGAAUUUUUUUUGUUAAAUAAAAAACAACGACGACGAAUUACUACUACCAAUUAUUACAACAGCAUUAAAACAUUUAACAAUUACAAAAAAAAAACAAAAUUUUUGUAAUGAGAAAAUUAAAUGUAAAAUCCAAUUUGCAACAAGAAAAUCACAGCUACAACAACAAUAGAGCCUAAUACCAGCGACUAUAGAUUUUUACCAAGCAGAGCAGUUAAUGACGGCAAUUUUAGCAAAUUAAAAAUUUCCACCAUUUAGCAGCAAAAAUUUCAAAACCCAAUAAAUUGCUUACAUCAAUUUGAGGAACACAAAAAGAGCUUUGUUGAUUUAAAGCUAAAGAAAUUGUGAAAUAUUUAAUUUUUUUUCAUGCUGCGCAAUAUUUGUGCUGCAAAACUACGCUCAUCUCAUAUCCAUUUAUAUUAAAAUCCAUUUGAAAUCAAUGCAAUAGAAACACCAAGCUGGACAUAAUAUUUCUUUUACCAAUAUAAAGAAAUUUAAUAUAUUCAUAAAUAUUUUAAUACAUUCUGGGAAAGAAAAUUUUAAGUUUUAUAUGUACGCAUCCACCAUUUUGAAUCAGUAAAACAGCAGAGAAAUUAACUGAGUAAAAUAACGAGAAGGAAGAAGAAACGCUGACAGCAAUAAAAGAAAAUACGUCAACAACAAUUGCAGCUGAACGCGAAUACAGUUUGUUUUUAAUUUGUUGGAAAAGGGUACAGAAGAACGAAGGUGCAGGCACGCUUAAAUGAAAAUAUAUAAAAAAAUUAUCGGAACACUAAUUUUUCUUCGAUUCCAAAUUAAAAUCAGAAAUCUGUAACAAACAACAGUAUCGUGUGUUCCUUUUUUUUUAUUUGAAAAGUGUUUUAAGUUAAAUUUCUUGCAAUGGUCGAACGAAUUUUAGAAGAAAAUACUCGUACAGUCGAGAGUACUACUAAUGGUACCAGCACUGAUACCGACAACAGCUGCAGUCAAUCUGGCGGUCGCAAUGAAAUAACACGUUAUAGUAGCGAGGAUGUCUCAGGUAACGAAUCCAAUGAGGCUCCAAAAAUGACGGAAACUGAACGUCAAGCGGACUUUAACCGUCAUAAAGAGGAAAUGCAAAAAAAAAGACGUAAGAAGAAACGAACAAGUUCUUCUUUGCAUUCUUCAACAUUUCAAGAGCUUUAUAAACUGACUGGCGAAAUACUUGGUGAAGGAGCUUACGCAUCAGUUCAGACAUGUGUCAACAUCUACACGGAUUUAGAGUACGCUGUUAAAGUGAUUGAUAAGAUACCAGGGCAUGCACGUGCGCGAGUUUUCCGUGAAGUGGAAACAUUCCAUCAUUGUCAGGGACAUCCAGGCAUUUUGCAAUUAAUUGAGUUCUUUGAAGAUGAUGAAAAAUUCUUUUUAGUUUUUGAAAAGAUUAACGGUGGUCCUUUAUUAACACGUAUUCAGGAGCAUAUUUGUUUUUCCGAGCAUGAAGCUGCUCAAAUAAUUAAAGAAAUUGCAUCUGGCUUAGACUUUUUACAUAAGAAGGGUAUAGCACAUAGAGACUUAAAACCAGAAAAUAUACUGUGUGUAUUUCCGGAUAAGUUAUGCCCAAUAAAGAUAUGUGAUUUUGAUUUGGGAUCUGGCAUUAAAUUCACAACUGAUAUAUCUUCGCCAGCGGCUACACCACAAUUAUUGACACCAGUCGGUAGUGCGGAAUUUAUGGCACCUGAAGUCGUUGAUUUGUUUGUUGGUGAAGCAAAUUAUUAUGAUAAACGUUGCGAUUUAUGGUCGUUGGGAGUUAUAGCAUAUAUUUUAUUAUGCGGCUAUCCGCCUUUUUCAGGCAAUUGUGAAGAGGAUUGUGGUUGGAAUCGUGGUGAAAAUUGUCGUAAAUGCCAAGAAUUAUUAUUUGAGUCCAUUCAAGAAGGACGUUUUUCAUUUCCCGAAGCUGAGUGGAAAGAUGUUAGUGACGAAGCAAAAGAUCUUAUUUGUGGUUUACUUGUCAAGGAAGCACCAAAACGUUUAAGUGCUGCAGCUGUGUUAAAUCAUUCAUGGAUUAAAAUAUCCGAAGAAGAACCACUAAAUAGUGUAAGAAUGGAAAAUCGUCGUAAGGCAUUGCGAACACCUGGUAAUAUAAGACGUAAUCAAUCAGCACGUGAAAUUUCAAACUUUGCCGAAUCAGCUAUGGCUGUGAAAAGAGUGAUUUUACAACAUUUUUCUAUGCGUUAUGAUUAUAUUAAGGAGCGUCCAAAUAUCUAUCAACCUUCUCAGUCCUAUUUAGAUGCAUAUAGUGGUAAUCCAGAUACGAAGCCUAAUUCACCAAUCAAAGCGCCAUUGAAAAGUCGUUCAAUGAAUACGACCUCGAGUGGUAAUCGUUCUACGUAUGGAGUUAACAAAAGAAGCAGCAAUUAUACGCAACGGCAAUCGAUCAAUAAAUAUGCUAAUAGCAAUACUUUAACACCUUCUCGUAAUACAUCGAGUAUUUAUAAUAGCUCUUCAAGUUAUAAAGGACUUAAUGUACACGAAGAAUAUGAUGACGAUGAAGAAGAAGCGUUAGAGGAGUUUGGGCGUUUAGAUGAAGAUGAUGAAUGGGCAAAGGGAAAAUUAAUACGGAAUACCACUGACGAAAUUGUUGAAGACAAAAAUGCUGAGGUUGAUAGUUAUCAUCAUUGGCGUGAACUAGAAGAUGACGAUUAUGAGGACGAUGAGUAUGAUAAUGAGUUUCAAAGUUCCUGGCAAUAUGGUGCUGACGAGCAGUACAAUUUAAUUCAACAUCAAAAAUUAAAGAAUGAACAGUUUGGAAAUGAUGAAAAUUUUGAUAAAAUUGUUAUAGUUGAUGAUGAAUUGAAUAUGAAUGAUAGAAGUAAUGUUAUUAAUGAUGAUAAUUAUAAGAUUGAUUUAAAUAACUUGGACAAGCAAAAUGACUUUGCUGGCACAAGUAUAAAUUGUAAUUUACAUAAUAAUAUUAAUAACCAUGAUUUGAAACAAAAUAUCAGCAGCAAUGGAGAUAAUGUUAAAAAUAAAUUGUUAUCAAAUGAAGAAGAUUCAUUAAGUGAUAUUAAUUCUGUAACUAUCAGCAAUACCACCAAUAUGAAUAUUAUUAAUAAUAUAAACAACAAUAGUAGCAAAAUUAAUAAUAAAGAUGAAAAUUUAUCUGAAAUAGUAACAACAAUAGUAAAUUCAUAUGAUAAUAAAAAUGCUAAAUUAUUGGAUAGUAUUAGUGAUUUAAAAGAAAAGCUACCUGAAAUUAAUGAGACUGCAAAUAUUGGUAUCGACUCAACUGCAGCAAAAGAGAUAAAAGAAAUGAAGCAAACUACGAACACUCCAACUGAAACAAUAACAUCAGUUUUGUACCCACCAAAUGAAAUUGAAAAAAUAUCCAUACCAGUUACACCGCAGAUUGAGUCGAUGUCAAUUGGAACGACUUUUGGCAAUCAAGAGCAAGACAAACUACAACAAAAUCAAUUAGCUCAAGAAGAAACAUCGCAAUAUAAACGUUCACCUAAAAACAAGCAACAAAACCGUAAUGUAUAUUUUGCUGCUGCAGAUGAUUAUUAUGGAGAUGAUGUUUACCAAAAUUAUGAUGCAUCUGACGAAGAAGUAGAUACAUUUAGAAAACCAUAUCAUACCUAUCCUAAACGACAACAGAAUGGGAAGCGUUAUAUGGGUCAACGAAAACACCAACAUAAUGAACAACAUUCGAAUGAAAAUUGGCGUUAUCGAGGACAGAAUUAUGUUGAUAACCAACAACAGAAACAAAAUUCCUUCCGUCGUUAUCGACCAAACAAUUCUGCUGGUUACUAUGAUAAUCAGCAGCAUAAUUAUCUUGGCAGCUUUUCACAUAGUGGAUCACAAGCACAACGCACCUAUGUAUUGCCUAGUUAUUAUCAUCAACAGCGCAACAUCGGUGGAAGUGGCAGUGGCAGCGGUGGUGGUAGCAGUGGAUCACCACCAUCAGAUGAUAAUAUAACUAAUAAUUCUAACAAAAUACGUAAUUGGCGUAAAGAUUGUAUCUAUUCCUCAGUUCGUAAUUGCGGUAUGAACUCAUCACCACAAUAUCAAAAUAAUUAUCAGCAUUAUCAACAACCGCAAUACCAACAACGUUACUCACCACCUGCGGUUCAUCAACAACAACCGCGCAUUGGAUCUGGACGCUUUUUCCAUUCUAACACUUAUAUGCAUCCAAAAGCCGUAUAUGGUGAAGAACAGGUUGUAACAGGACCACUAGGAAUUGGUCUUUCACCACCAAGUGAAAGUUUGUUGUUACAACGCCGCAUGCGUAUGUCUGCAACUAAUAAUAGUGGCGUUGGUGGACCCCAUCAGCAGCAACGUAACGAUUUAGCGGUCAGUGAUUUUUGUCAGUCAGCUGCAGCAAACGGUUAGAUUGUUCAACAUACUGACUUAGUCCUUUAGUUGGUUCAAUAUUUGGAAUCCUAAAAAAAUUUGAGAUUACGAAUGGCCACAAGAUUCCAACAAGAUUCGGCACUGGUUUUGGUCUCAUAAAACUUCUGUGAACCACGAAUGGUUAAAAAAUUAUGUUCCACACUUCAUUUCGUUCACAUAAUGGCUUUCGAACUCGACAGAUGCAAAUUCAAUGUACUUUUCCAUCUGGGCUAUAUUGGAGAGCAAAAAGUGAGGUUUAAAAAUAUGCCAGCAUGGAUGGAUGCGCUGAAAAAAGCCAUUGUUCAGAAAUGAACCAAAAUAUCGAAAGAUCACAUUCGUGAAGCAUGAAACUCAUUCUUUAACCGUUUGAAAGCCAUAGUCAAGGUGAAGGCAAAAAGUGGUCAUCUCGAGCUAGAGUGAAUGGAU